CCAGACAAUAGACAGAUAAUAUAUGUAAAAAUGGAGAUUGAUCCAAAAUUUACGUUCGUACCAUUAAAUCAGAAAAAUUAUGUUCUAAUUAACGACAAAAAUACACAAGAGUAUCUUUGUAAAUGGGGUUUGAAAGGAAAUUUUGUCAUUCAAAAUUUUUCGUUCAACGAAUCAUUUCAACAGUAUCACAAAUAUCAGCUGGUUGAUGCGUUUUUUAAAGACGGUUCAGUUGCAAAAGUGUUACUGUCUAAACAGGGAAACGCUUGGGUAAAGCGAGGCAUACGAGCAUUGAAUGUGGAAAUAAAGCAAGUACCAUGUUCCGUUCUAAGUAUGUCUUUCUUUAAUAAACUGAAGGAUCCAGAUAAUGGGAUAACGUAUAGUUCAGGAACGAUUUGUAAAAGAUUUGAUACGCAAGUAGAGGAUUUUGUGGUAUCUGAUAAUUUACGUGGUAUGCUCUUAGAUGAGGAAUCGGAAGAAUAUAAUUUAUAUUCAGAAGAAGAAAGAAAUGAAUUUGUUUUUCGAAUUUUUCAAAUGCUCAUUCUUGGCGGAAUAUUAUGCCAAUUUGAGGAUACAUUAGAGCCAUAUUUAGACGUUACUAAAAAUAUUUAUAAGAAUCUUAUAAGGGUACAAAACCAAAGUGCUUCAAAUGAUUUAGUCGUAAGUACUUUGGUGUUAGAAGUAAUUGCUAAGGAUAGCAAAGGUCAAGAUUAUUUUCCAUCUGAUUCUAGUAAAAGGCAAAAUUUUGCGUUCCUAUUGAUAGAUGCUAAUUCUCGUGAAAUUACAACUUUUGUGCAUCAAUAUGGCGGAUAUUGUCCUGUGGACUGAGA